GAUUUAGCUGUCUAAUCUUUUGGGGGUCAAACAAAACCACAAAGCCCAACAAAACGAAAGGAAAAAGAAACCAAAAAGCACACAAAAUAUGAAAGGGAUAUGCACGUUAGCUCUGUUAUGGCAGAUAUUGCUAAUGGCACAGCUGCCAUUGGGGGAUGCCAGGAGUGUGUCCAUUGCUGCAAUGCAACAGCAGUCUAGCAGCGGUGGUAACAGCAACACUAACAGCAACAGCAGCUCCACCUCGAUCCUCGAUGCAGCAAGCGGACAGAAGAACAUCAGCAGUCUGCCAGCAGCAACGCUUUCUGCUAACCCUGCUGUUAACUCUACCGCUAACCCAACUGUUAACUCUACUGCUCACCCAACUGUUAACUCUACUGCUCACCCAACUGUUGACUCUUCUGCUAAGACUGCUGUUAAGUCUACAGCUAGCCCCGCUGUCAAGUCUUCUGCUUACACCACUGUUAACCCCGCUGUUAACGCUGCCGCCCUUUCUGCUGCUGCUAUCCCUGCUCAAUCAUCGCCAUCCACCGUAAAGCACAUUCGGCGGCGUAAGCGUGAAACUCUGGUGGACAUACCCUUCGAUUUUCACACCAAACAUCUGUCCUGCGACGUCGAUGCGACGUCAAUAGACUAUUUCGUUGACAGUUUGUACGGUUCGUGCAUUUGGGCAUUCAACAACAGGUUCGCCCACGAGGGAUUCUGGCGCGUCUGGCAGAUCUACAGACUGGAGGCAUUCAUGUUUGGCCAAUACCACGAGCGCAUGAAGCGCUACGAAAUCGAUCCUCACGGCUAUGUUUGGCCAGCAUAGUUGGACUACAGAA